AUGGCCAAAAAAGGAACAAAGAGCAAAAAGAAGAACAAUAACAGCAAUAGGCAACGCCUGCCGGUGAACGAUAAUAAGUUUUCCCUCCCUGAAGACAGCCCUACACCCGACUCCGGCCUUGAAGAGGCCACCGAGGCUGGGGACCAUGGCCAACCUACAUUUGAAUAUCAGACAUUCGAGCGUCAAUAUCAGACCUUCGACCGUCAAACUUUGCAAUUUUCAUUUUAUCCCGUCACUGCUACUUCUUCGGAUGGUCUGACAUCGGAUAAGGAUCAGGAUAUCACCAACAACGCGACCAAUUCAGAGGAAGGCCCAUCCCCAGAGAGUGUUCCAGUAGAAGGAUCAAGUAGUUCUCCCGAUGACGCUGCACCUGCACCCGAAUCUGAAGAGUCAUCUGAAGCGGCAGCUGCUCCACCUCAGCCUGAACCGUCAGAUGAGCCUGCGCCAGAAGCCAAGGAAGAAGGAGAACCUGCGCCAGAGGCAGACGGUACUGAGCAGAAAGCGGAAGACGCUGCCGCCCCCGACGAGUCCGAGACGCAAGCGGCCACUGACGAUGCCGCGCAAGCUCCACCGCCCGAGGAAGCUGAUGGUGCCGCAGCUGCGGUAGAUGAGAGUCCUCCGCCAGAAGGGGAUAGCAACGAGGAUGAUUUCCCAGAAUGUGAUCCGUCCGCAGAGCUCGAUAAGGUUGAGGCCGAGAAAGAGGAAGCGGCUCGGCAGGCUGAGGAGGAUGCCAAAGCAGAAGAGGAGGCAGCAGCAGCAGCAGCAGCCGCAGCAGGGGUACCUGAUGACGUCGAUAUUGAUACUGGAAAUGUGAACUCACCUACAGACAAUCCGGACUGCGAAGAAGCUGCUCCCGUACAGGACGACCCACCUACGGCUGGGUCGGCAGAAGAAGAUGCGACGAAACCCGUCACGGACGAUAGUCCAGCCCCGGACGGACCUGCUGAAGAACAGAGCGACCCGCUACCCGAAAAGGAGGAGGUAGUUGACGACUGGGCCGAGGCUGCCGAGACCGACGACUCAAAAGAGCAGCCCGUCGCUGAAGAACAAGCUCCCACCGAGGAAGCUCCUGCUGAGCAGCAGCCCGCUGCUGAAGAGCCCGCGCCUGAACCUUCUUCUGAGGAGGAGCCCGCCGCGUCAACUGAAACGGCGGAGGACAACACUCCUGCAGAAGCGGUAGCUGCCAAUGAUGCAGCAGCGGAUGACGUUGCAGACGGAACCGCACAGGAAGAACCGACGUUGGAGGAGUCUACCGCUGAGGAAGCCGCUGAAGAGCCUGAGGUUGAAGAAAGCCCAGUCGAGGACAAGCACGAGGAGGUAGCCGAAGCUCCCACAUCCGAAGAAGCAGCAGCUGAGACACCGGCGGUGGACGAAGCUGUGGAUGAAGAUGCUGCCGCCGAAGCGGCUCCGGAAGCAUUGCCAAGUGACGAGGUAACUCAAUCAGAGGAAACUCCAGCGGAAGAAAAGGAAGAGGAAGCCCAUGAAAUACCACUCGAGCAACCUCCCGCUGAAGAGGCUGCUAAAGAGUCGCCGCCUUCGGAAGGAGUUGUCGAAGAAUCUACUUCCCCCGAACCUGAGGCCGAGGAGCCGGCACCUACCGAGCAGCCCCCUCCUGUAGAUGAGCCUGCGCCUGAAGAAUCUCCUGCUGCUGAGGAGCCGACCCCGCCUGCGCCUGAAGCUGAAGAACCUGCGCAACCGGAGGAGACCCCAGCUGAAGGAGCUCCUGUUGCAGAACCGACUACUGUUGAGGACGUGGCCCCUGAGAAAUCUGCUCCUGUUGAAGAGGCCCCGGCAGAGGAACCUGUUGCUGAAGAGCCUACUCCAGUUGAAGAGGCUGCCCCUGAGGAACCGCCUCCUGCCGAAGAACCUGCUGCGGCUGAAGAACCCACUCCAGUCAAUGAGACUCCUGUUGAGGAACCUGCCCCAACGGAAGAACCCGCGGCUGAAGACCCAGCUCCAGCCGAGGAGGCUAACGAGCCUACUCCAGCGGAAGAGCCUGCUCCUGCUGAUGAACCCGACAUCGUUGAAGAAUCCGCUCCAGCUGAUCCACCUGCGCCUGUUGAAGAGCCGGCUCCUACUGAGGAGUCUCCCCCAGUUGAAGAUCCUGCCCCCGUUGAGGAGCCUGCUGCCGCUGAGGAGAUUCCUGCUGAGGAACCCACGCCAGUUGAAGAGCCCGUCGCUGCCGAAGAGCCUGCUCCGGCGGAGGAACCUGCCCCCGUUGAAGAGCGUGCUCCCGCUGAGGAGAUUCUUGCUGAGGAGCCCGCGCCAGUUGAAGAGUCCGUCCCUGCUGAAGAGCCUGCUACUGUGGAAGAGGCUCCUGCUGAGGAAUCUGUCCCCACUGAGGAAUCUGCCCCGGUUGAAGAGCCUGCUGCCGCAGAGGAAAUUCCUCCUGAAGAGCCGGCUCCUGAGGAACCUGCAGUCGUCGAAGAACCUGCUACUGUUACUGUGGAAGAGACUCUUGCUGAGGAGUCUGUCCCUACUGAGGAAUCCGUCCCCGUUGAAGAGCCUGCUACCGCCGAGGAAAUUCCUCCUGAAGAGCCGGCUCCUGAGGAACCUGCCGUUGUCGAAGAACCUGCUCCUGAGGACCAAGAAGUCUCCGAAGAGGCUCCAGCCCCAACGCCUGUUGAGGAAACCUCAAGAGAUAUCGAUGGCUUGGAGCCCUUGGAAGCAGCUUUGCCAGCUAUUGUUCCAGCCGCCAUAGUAGCCGAUCGUGCACGCAGGAGAAAGAGACGGUCCCCGGAUCUGGGACAAAGGCGGCAUUCGAAGAGUUCCUCUGAGGAAGUACGAAGAUCAUUGCCACGCCAGAAACUUGAGCGAAGUGGCAGUCUCCUUGAUCGGUGGACCAAAUCCCUCGAGGAAGCCAAGAGACAGCAUGAAGAAAAGCUAAGGCAGGAGGAAAAACGAAGUAAAGACAAAUUGCGUGCUCCCGAGAAGGCAGAGAAAGACAGGCAUUCCAUGGAGCGAGAGCGCUCUAAACGAAGCGAGCGUUCGUCCAAAGAAGAAGCUGCCGUGGAUGUCAAGCCCAGUCGACGAAGGUCCGAGCGCUCAGGCACCUAUGAUGUCGAACGUUCUUCGCGAGAAAAGGCUACCGCGAGUAUCGAACCGAGCCGAACCGGAGAGCACUCGAGUAGUCGCGGAGGCGAACGUAGAAGCACCUCCUCAAGGGAUGGCCAUGCAUCGGGUUCGAAGCCGCGAGCCUUCCUGAAAUAUAUGACAACAGCCGAAUCAGAAACAAAUGGGCCCCUUCUCAAGAUCAAUGGCAACAAAGCUGCUGCAAAUGUAUUUGAACGUCGGUCUUCCACGAGCCAUACCCACAGUCACCGUCACGCGCACGAAGGAAGAGGGACCACGGACCGUUCCACGAGCUCCCAUCAUGCGGAGGAGGAAGACCAUGCUCGACGCGAGAGAAGGGCUCGACGAAGGGCGGCGGACGAAGCAGAGCAGUCAAAGGGAGGAGAAACGACCGACCAUCAUCGCCACCGUCAUAGUGGAGAGACACGCCAUCGCCAUCACAGACACCGGAGAGAUGAGCCUCCAAAGGAACAGUCGAAGUUCAAGAAUAUGCUCAAAGCAGUUGUUGCUCAUUAA